ACAAACGAUUUCUCCUUUUACACUUUGACACAUAAAUUUUCACAUAUAUAUAUUUUUAGAUAUAUAUAUGAAAUAUAUAUAUAAAUAUACACAUUUACAUAUAUAUAUUGAUUUGAGGGUGUGCUGAAUUAAGAAGUAUAACGAUUUGUUCCGAAAUUUGGGAGAAUUCGAAAUCGGAAAGGGGGAUUUUUCUGAGGAGUAGGGGGGGGAGGUUUUUGAAAUUGGGAUUUAUUGAUGCCGAUGGCGGCGGGGGCAACUGAUCGAGGGCGGCAGUUGGUGGUGCCGGCGGCGCCGACGGCGGUGACGGUGACGGACGCAAUCGCGAAGGAUGCGGUCCUGGCGUGGUUUCGAGGGGAGUUCGCGGCGGCGAACGCGAUUAUUGAUGCGCUGUGUGGCCACUUGGGGCAGGUGAGCAGUGAGAGUGGAUCGGAGUACGAAGCAGUGUUCGCUGCGAUUCAUAGACGGCGGCUGAAUUGGAUCCCGGUCCUGCAAAUGCAGAAGUAUCAUCCGAUCGCCGACGUCGCGGUGGAGCUCAAGAAAGUGACGGCGAAGAAGAAGCAGGAGAAAGGAGACGCGGCCGGCGAGGGCGAUGUUCAAAUGGUGGAGGAGGAGGAGGAGGAGAAGAUGAACGAAGAGGAGGAAAAUGGAGGUGAGAUGUGUUUGGAUGAGAGAGAAUUUGGUGAAGAGAAGGCGAAGAUCGAGGAGAUGCCGAUGGAGAACAACGAAAUCGAUGGCGGAAGAAAUGAGGCACUGGCUCCAAUUGAAGAGGAAGAUUCAAUCGGCAGCGAGAUUACUGAUUCAGGAUCUCAAGGAGGAGUGCAGGCCACAUCAGCAGAAGUUGAUGAGAUAUGCAGCAAUCAUGGUGACUGUGAAGCACGUCCGGCGCAGAUGAAGUUGACAAAAGGUUUUUCCGCCAAGGAGCCAGUAAAAGGGCACAUGGUGAAUGUUGUGAAAGGAUUGAAGUGUUAUGAAGACAUUUUCACCGAAUCUGAAUUGGCCAAGUUGAAUGAUUUUGUGGAGGACCUUCGCUCUGCUGCAAAGAAUGGGGAGCUCUCUGGAGAGACAUUUGUUUUAUUCAAUCAGCAGGUGAAGGGCAACCGGCGAGAGAUGAUCCAACUUGGAGUGCCCAUUUUUGGACAGAUAAGAGAGGAAUCCGCCAAUAACAGCCAAACAAGCAACAUAGAGCCAAUUCCAGCUCUUCUUAUGACCGUCAUAGAUCAUCUUAUUCAGUGGCAACUGAUUCCAGAGUACAAAAGGCCAAAUGGAUGUCUCGUCAACUUUUUCGAAGAGGGUGAGUACUCGCAGCCAUUCCAGAAACCUCCACAUUUGGAACAACCCAUUUCCACUCUCUUCCUUUCUGAAUCAACUAUGGCUUUUGGGCGUUCUAUUGUAAGUGAUAACGAAGGCAACUACAAGGGGCCACUCAUGCUGUCCUUGAAAGAAGGGUCUCUUUUGGUGAUGAGGGGGAACAGUGCAGAUGUUGCACGCCAUGUCAUGUCUGCAUCUCCUAACAAAAGGGUCACGAUUACGUUCUUCCGAGUCCGGCCAGACUACGAUCAAUGCCAAUCACCGACCCCUCARAUGUCGAACGCCAUGUCUCUAUGGCAAGCCGGAGUUACAGGUGCAUGCACUCUGCCUAGCGGAGCCCCAUAUGGGUACGAGGCGCUGGAAGUAAUGCCCAAAUGGGGGAUUCUUCGUGCACCGGUUGUGAUGUUAGCUCCGGUACGCCCUAUGGUGAUGAGCCCCGGAGGAAGGCCUCAGCGUGAUGGUACUGGAGUGUUCUUACCAUGGGCAGUUACUUCAAGAAAACCUGCAAAACACCUCCCACCCCGUGCUCGUAAAGGUCGGUAUCUCACAUUAUCUUCUCCUGUUGAAACUCGCCAGCUACCGGAGUCGUCUCCCGAGCCAGGCAUAAGCGUUUGAGUUGAAAUCAAUCAUGUUGUGGCGGGUGUGGAGUCGAAACAAAAUGAGUCUUGUCAUUUUACUGAUCUGAG